AUGAGUGCAUUAAUUAAGGCAGCUGUUUCCCGCAGCCCAUCAUGUUUGGCGACAUAUUUAAACAGGAACCUGCACUUAACAGUGGGAGCGUCAGCAUCGAAAGACGCUUCUGUGAAUUCGAACGCAAGUAAAUCGUACACGGUUAUCGAUCACAAGCACGAUGCCUUAGUCAUUGGAGCUGGAGGAGCUGGUUUACGAGCUGCUUUUGGCUUGGUACAGGAGGGAUUCAAAACUGCUGUUGUGACAAAGCUGUUUCCUACCAGAUCUCACACUGUUGCUGCACAGGGAGGCAUCAAUGCUGCAUUAGGUAAUAUGGAAGACGAUAGUUGGCUGUGGCACAUGUAUGACACUGUCAAAGGAUCUGACUGGCUCGGAGACCAGGAUGCCAUCCACUACAUGACAAAGGAGGCGCCUCAUGCUGUUAUCGAGUUAGACAACUAUGGCAUGCCUUUUUCCCGCACACCGGAAGGUAAAAUAUACCAGAGGGCCUUCGGUGGUCAGUCACUCAAGUUUGGUAAAGGAGGUCAAGCUCACAGGUGCUGUGCUGUGGCCGACAGAACGGGUCAUUCACUUCUCCAUACACUCUACGGCCAGUCCCUUCGAUAUGACUGUGAAUACUUCAUUGAAUAUUUUGCUCUGGAUCUUCUGAUGGAAGAUGGAGUCUGCAAAGGAUGCAUUGCUAUUAACCUUGAAGAUGGAACUUUACAUAGGUUCCAAGCUAAGAACACUAUCUUGGCCACCGGUGGCACUGGGCGUUCGUACUUCAGCUGUACAUCGGCUCACACGUGUACUGGAGACGGAACAGCCAUGGCGGCUCGAGCUGGUCUCCAGAACGAGGAUAUGGAGUUUGUGCAGUUCCAUCCCACUGGUAUCUACGGAGCUGGUUGUCUAAUGACUGAAGGUUGUCGUGGUGAAGGAGGUUUCCUUGUGAACGCUAAGGGCGAGAGGUUCAUGGAAAGAUAUGCACCAGUCGCUAAAGACCUCGCCAGCAGAGACGUGGUCUCCAGAGCUAUGACUGUUGAGAUCAUGGAAGGUCGCGGCUGCGGGCCAGAGAAGGACCACGUGCACCUUCAGCUGCAUCACCUGCCUCCGGAACAGCUGAAGCAGCGUCUCCCCGGCAUCUCGGAGACAGCCAUGAUCUUCGCUGGAGUCGACGUCACCAAGGAACCGAUACCUGUGUUGCCCACCGUACACUACAACAUGGGCGGAACACCUACAAACUUCAGAGGAGAAGUCAUAACUCACUACAAUGGCGAAGACCGCGUGGUCCCUGGUCUACUAGCUGCUGGUGAGGCUUCCUGCGCCUCUGUUCACGGUGCUAACAGACUGGGGGCGAACUCUCUCCUCGAUAUCGUUGUGUUCGGUAGAGCCUGCGCCCUCACAGUCGCUGACACCAGCCGCCCCGGAGACAAGCAGGAACCGUUGAAAGACACCACUGGCCAGGAGAGUAUCGCUAAUUUAGACAAGGUGAGGUACGCGAACGGCAGCAUCUCCACCGCGGAGCUGCGCCUGCGCAUGCAGAAAUGUAUGCAGAAGAACGCAGCCGUGUUCAGGCAGAAGAGUACACUAGAAGAAGGUCAACGUCAGAUACACGAGGUUUACAAGCAGAUGGCGGAUGUCAAGGUGUCUGAUCGUUCUCUGAUUUGGAACAGUGACUUGGUUGAGACCUUAGAACUACAGAACCUGCUCAUCAACGCCGUGCAGAUCGUGGAGGGGGCUCUGGCAAGGGAGGAGUCUCGUGGGGCGCACGCUCGAGAGGAUUUCAAAACAAGGAGGGAUGAAUAUGAUUACUCCAAGCCGCUAGAAGGACAGACCAAAUUGCCGUUCGAGAAGCACUGGCGCAAGCACACAUUGUCGGAGACCAACGCGGCCACCGGCGAGACCAAACUCAGCUACAGACCGGUCAUAGACCACACUCUAGACCAGGCCGAGUGUCAGACCGUGCCGCCCGUCAUACGCACAUACUAG